AAGAAGUACCCAUCAGCCACCGCUCGUAGCCGGAGCAUGAGAUGUCUUUGUCAAGUAGCUUGCUAGCUAGCAUUUAAAACGCAGGUUAAAAGUUGGGUGUGUUUUUUUCUGUUUAUCAUUAAAACGACAGGACUUCACAGCUUAAAUUAAAUAACAGUUUCAGAACAAACAACAUACAAUAACAUUCAGUGUUGUUAAAGCACGUUAGCGAACUAAGCUAGGCUGACGCUAGCAAGCAAGCUAACCUAGCUUACAUGCUAACCACCCGGGCUCUUUAUGUCAUGUUCGAAGUUUGCGUCUAUGUUUAAAUGGCGGCGGCGCGUUGCUAACACGCUACUAAAACCCCACAGGGGUGUUGAACUCACACGGUUUGCCGGACUGCGACCAAAAUCCAACGCAACUCUUAACACCGUUGGUUUCUGAGACGUAGUGAUUGCUGAUGCUAGCGGCUCGGCUAGCUAGCUGUAAACGUGUGUACCUUACACCGCCCGGCCGAGGGGAGGCAGCAGAGUGGUGGGUCAAACCACACGAAGAAGAGCACGCUUCCGCCUCUGCCUGUCACAUGGUGGACAGGAGGAUGUUGAUGUUUUGACAGAAGCCUCCUGACUUGUUGUGGCUGCGGUAUCCCGUGUUUUAACCCCAGACAUGUUGAACUCACUGCGGGUUGUGUGCUCUGCCCGAGCCGCUCUGGUGAGGACCAGCCGGUUGUCUGCGGCACGUCCGGGACACAGUUUGUCCAGCAGCCUCCUCCCCAGAGGGGACACAUGGCCCUGCAGCAUGGCCCCGGUGAAGGACAGAGGACUGAGUUACCACACGAGUCUAUCUCAUUCACCGAGGAACUUCUGCACAGGUCAGGUCCAUCCGAACUGCUGGAGGUGUCAACAGCCUCUGGACAAAAUACCUGCUUUCUUCUGCCAGUCAUGUGAAGCGGUUCAGCCCCCAGAACAAGGGGCGUCCUACUUCGAGAUCAUGGCUUGCGACCACACGUUCACCCUGGACGCACACAAGCUGCAGAGGAGAUACCUGCAGCUCCAGAGGGCCCUGCAUCCAGACAACUUCGGCCAGAAGUCUGUGACGGAGCAGGAGUUUUCAGAAAGCCAAUCGGCCCUCGUGAACAAAGCAUACACGACUCUGCUUAAGCCUUUGAGUCGCGGCCUUUACAUGCUGGAGCUGCAGGGGAUGCGUAUAGAGGAGGGCACCGACUCCGGGGCUGAUACUGAGUUUCUGUUGGAGCUGAUGGAGAUCAAUGAAGCUGUGGAUGAGGCACAGACUCCGGAGGAAGCCAAUAAGAUCGGACAAGACACGAAAGGGAAGCUGGCAGACUUGACAGAGCGGAUAGACGCUGCCCUUCGUGAAGCGGAGCUUCAGACUGCCAGAGCUCUUCUCGCCCAGAUGAAAUACCACGCAAACAUCGAGGAGAAAGUCAAGGAGAAACUUCGGGAAUUCAUGUAAUUUCUACCCUUUAGUAAACAUUAUUGUAUAUUUUUAGCCAAUUUUGUACAGAACGCACAGAUUAUUGUCUAAAGUGAUUGUCCAUGUUAAAUUAAAACACCUGUAUUGAAUAAUACACAA